AUGGUCUUUGUUCCUUUUGCAAUUGUACCACCUUUGCCUGGCCGCGUUGCCAGCAGCUCUCCCAGUGGCCCUCACCCCUUCCGUCCCACAUUAUCUCCUGCCCCAACCGCGUUUCCACUCCACCUCGCGGCCAUUAUUAUUACUAUUAUUCUUGUUGUUGUCCUCCUCCUUCUUGGCUUUGCCUUUCGUGAAGGAAGUCGUCGUCCGUUGUUGGCCCUUGCUUGCGUAGUGCCGCGCCGGGUAGGCAUGCGCUGCUCGCCGCCUGUGCGUUCAAUUGCCGCGUGGUCGGGCGGGCUGACGAUGCGCAGCGACGCCGUGGCGCAGGUGCUGCAGCGAAGAGAGGGGAGGGACGGGAAGUCGACGCCGGUGCGGUGCCUCGUGGCGACGCGUGUCAUUUGCAGAGGGGAAAGGCUCUGCGUCGUGCCGGAGACGCACAUUCUGCACGGCGCGAGUGCCACCCAGCUGUUGCAGCGGGCGGCGGCGGAGCAGUGGCUCCCCAGUUACGCCGCGGUGCAGCGCUGCCUGGCGACGGUUGUGGGGGAGCCGUCUAUUAUGUCGACGCGCGACGCACUGCUGCUCCUCCUCGCCGUGCAUGUGCUGCGGCGGGGUCGCCUGCGGCACCCACUCACGGCGUGGGCGGCGUGCCUGCCGCCGCGGGUGCCGCCGAUGGGGGCAUUACUGCAGCAAAGUUCAGCAGCGUCGCGCGGGGGCGGCGGCCUUCGAACCGCUGCAGCGACGCCUUCGCAUCGGCGAGCAGACGGUGGCUUUGCGCCCUGGCGACGAGGACGCAGCAGGCGCUGCCACUGA